AGAGAGUGAAGAGAGAGACAGGGGUUCUUCUGACUCUGGAGGAUGCCGUUAUUUGCCUUCCUGCUCUGGGCUGUCUCACUCUCUGAUGGCUUUAACAUUGAUGUGUUGAAGCCGGAGGAGUUCUCGGGGACUGAGGAGAGUUUUUUCGGCUACAGGCUGCUGCAGUAUGGCUCUGACCAGAUGAAACAAAUUAUUGUCAGUGCCCCGCUGAAUGAAAGGUCAGGAGCUGUUUAUAAAUGUCCGGUGGAGACCAAACAAUGCAAGAAAUUGUUUAAGCCAGACUCGAAGGCGAUCAGGUUCUUUGGGAUGUCACUGGCAUUGAGGACGUUUCCAUCGUCCACUCUCACUAGUUGCAGUCCAAGUUACACUCAUGAGUGUGAUGGAAACUCAUAUCUGAAUGGAAUCUGUUACCAGUUUAACAGCAGUCUGGAUUUCACCUCCAACAUCACCGCCGCCUUCCAAGAAUGCACUAAGAGUAAAGUGAACCUGGUCUUCCUCUUUGAUGGCUCUCAGAGCAUGAAGGACAUUGACUUCACCAAGAACAAGAAAUUCAUAUGGGACAUUAUGACCAAUCUCAAGAACUCAUCUAUCGAGUUUGCUGCUGUUCAGUUUUCUAAGGAAAUCAGGGAAGUUUUCAACUUUAAAGAUUAUGUUACCAACAUGGCAAAGAAGAAACUUGAUGCUGAAGUUCACAUGAAGUCGCUCACAAACACCUACACUGCCAUCAGAUACAGCCUUUCACAUCUGUUUGAUAAUGUUAAGUCUGGUGCAGAUCCUGAGGCUAUUAAAGCCCUGGUCAUCAUCACAGAUGGGAAUCCUACUGAUAACCACAACCAAGAGAUAGAGGACUGUGAGGAACGCAACAUUGCACGCUUUGUUAUCGGGGUUGGGAGUGUAAGUCUUGACAAACUGAAUAGUCUUGGCUCAAAGCCGAGUGAUAGCUACGUCUUCAGGAUUGAAAACUAUGAUGGACUGAAUGGACUUUUGGAUAACCUGCAAAAUAAGAUCUAUGCCAUCGAGGGAGCUAAAGGCAGGAAAUUUGGUAAAGAGGUGUCUCAGAGUGGAUUCAGUGCUGCUAAUGUCAAGGACACUCUUAUUCUGGGAGCAGUUGGAAAUGAUGACUGGAGAGGAACGCUGUAUGGGGUUACAGGAGCUGAGAACAAUGAAGUGAAAUUCAAUGACAGCAAAUUAAAUGAGGCCUCAUACAAUGGUUACUCUGUGGUGGUUGGACAGAGAGAUGGUGUUUCUCUUGUGUUCUCUGGAGCUCCGAGAUCUAAUCACAGGGGUGAGGUGACUCUGUAUAAAAAGAUGUCUCAGAUGUGGAAAGCUGUGAAGAAUAUUUCAGGUGAACAGGUCGGCUCUUAUUUUGGAGGAUCGGUGUGUGUGUUAGACUUGGAUUCAGACAACAACACAGACUUCCUCGUGGUUGGAGCCCCACUCUAUUACAGUCAUCAUCCUCAGCUAGAAGGACGAGUAUACAUCUACAAUCUCACACAGAAGCUGGAGAUGGUGAAGGUGAAGGAGGUGUAUGAAUCAUCUCAGGGUCGGUUUGGAAUGACUCUAGCUGCUGUAGCAGAUCUGAAUGGAGACCUGCUGCAAGAUUUAGCUGUUGGAGCUCCACUGGAAGAUAACUACAAAGGAGCCAUCUACAUUUACCUCGGCAACCGUGAACAAGGCAUCCGCACCCAGUACAGCCAGAGAAUUGCGGCAAGAUCUUUCCCUGUGAAUCUUCAGCAUUUCGGUUUGGCGAUUGACGGUGUGAUGGACAUGGGACAGGACGGUCUGACGGACAUUGCUGUUGGAGCAAAAGGAACCGUUUUACUCUUGAAGUCUCGGCCGGUUGUGUCCGUUUUGGCGAAGCUCAGUUUCUCUCCCUCUGAAAUCAACCUGACUCACUUUGACUGCCUCAACAACCUGGAGAGUCCUGCUGAGAAAAAUCAAGUCAUUACCAUUGAAACCUGCUUUAUUAUGACCGAGAACACCAAGAGCAAAGGGGCAGUGAACAAUCUGAACAUAUCGUGGGAGCUAAUUGCUGACGCUGUGAGACAGGACAGUCGGGCGUUCUUCAUUAAGGAUGAUACGAAGUCCAGGCACAUAGUCAACAUGGUGAGGUUAGGCAUGAAUAUGUCCUGUUCCAGUCAUGCAGUCUAUAUGCAGAGGUGUGUGAAGGACACAGUGUCUCCCGUCUUGUUCAGAAUCAACUACAAUCAGUCUGAUCCUCAAGAUUCCACCUCCAUCCUGAACAUCGACAGCAAGACCUCGGCAUUUGUAGAGGUUCCAUUUCAGAUUAACUGCAAAAACACAAGCUGUGUAUCAGACCUGCAGAUGGACUUCAGAUUCCAGAACCACACAUUGCUGGUGGUGGACCAAGCCUCUUUUAUCAUCCAGGUGACUCUACUGAAUAAAGGAGACGACUCCUUUAACACCAGUUUGGUGCUGCUCUAUCCUCCUGGAUUAUCACUCUCAAAGUUCAAGACCAUUCAGCCAAACAGAAGGGCUCUGAGUAGUUGUGGAGAUCGUGAUGAAGGAGCUCUAAAUAAAACCACCUGCAGUAUCAGUUUACCCGUCUAUCCCAGAAACAUGCAUGCCAUGUUUGAGGGUGUGUUCCGCAUUUCUCGCUUUUACGACUGGAAUGAUAGCAUGCAGAUGACACUUGUGGUCAGCAGUGACAACAAUGGAAAUAAAACUAACCCUACAGUGAUGAAAACUCUGUCUGUUCAGUUCAGUGUAGACCUGGCCAUCAGCCCUGUUCCUGAGCUUUCAGUAACAUAUCUGAAUUUCUCUCUGGAAGACAAAGGACUGAAACCUCUCAGUGUUGUGUAUAAGGUUAGUAAUCUGGAACUGAAAGGUCUGCCUGUAAAUGUAAGCUUCUGGAUUCCGUCUGAGACCGGAGUCAGCCUGUACGAUCUGCACAAUUUCACCAUCGCUGUGUCAGAGAAUGCUACGGCCUGUUCCAUCACAACGCACGCUAAACCUGAUGAAUGUCCAGUUAAGAACUGUGUGGUCUUCAAAUGUAUGCCUUUCUUACUGGAACCUGAGUCUGCUGUCCAGUUCGAGCUGAGCACUCUCAUUUCCUUCCCUAAUAAACAAAAUUACACAGGGAAAUUGUAUUUCAAUGAGUUUAAGAAGGAGGAAGAAUUUUCUGUCUUUGCUCAGCUGGACUUUGAUAAAAACCGUUAUCAUCAACUUUCCAGUGACAGAGAAAAUAACAGGAGCAGGUUUGACCGCGCCAUGAUCACUGUAAAAGUAGAGCUGGUCAUUCCUCCUGAUGUCAGUGCAAUCAGUGGAACAGGUGGAUUUCUCGGAUUUCUCCUACUCAUCCUCAUCUUUAUACUGCUGUUGAAGUGUGGAUUCUUUAAGCGUAAACAUCAUCUGUUAGAGGAAGUGAAUGAGAACAGAGCUGAGGGAGAAGAUGGAGGUUGCAUUGCUGAAACAAAUGGAAAGGCAGAAGAAACUUCUUCCACAUCUGAAGAGAGACCGUUUAUUUCUGAUGGAGGAAAUGAUGAAGUGCCGGAAAAUGGAAAGAAGGAGAAUGGAGAAAUGGAGAGAGGAGAAAGUGGAGAGUGAAAAGUCUUCAGUGACUCACACACUGAUGGAGUUUUAGUGAGGAGUCUCUCUGCUCUACUGCUGUAUCUGUAACUCUCGGAUUCUUUCUGCAGUAUAUUUAAUGUGUGUGAAGAAGACCAGUGUGUGUGUGUGUGUGUGUGUGUGUGUGUGUUGUAGGAGUGUGUGUGUGUGUGUGUGCACUGUAGGAGUGUGUGUGUGUGUGUGUGUGUUGUAGGAGUGUGUGUGUGUGUGCUGUAGGUGUGUGUGUGUGUGUGUGCUGUAGGUGUGUGUGUGUGCACUGUAGGUGUGUGUGCACUGUAGGAGUGUGUGUGUGUGCUGUAGGUGUGUGUGUGUGCA